ACCUGCAUCACCACCGCGUCUUCGUUUAGCCCUCGAUUCCGCGAUACGCCUGGGCGACACAUUGAUCGUACAUCGACAAUAGACGGGACUACUCUCUUUUCGCAAGGACGCCGUGGUGGUGCUUGGGCCCGCAUGGAUUCCGCAUGCUUUCAAUAUGCGUUUCAUGGGCCAUGGUAUCCGCGUGGUGCUACCCCAACGCGAGCAACUCCUCCGACAGAUAUGGGCACAAGUGCAGACUCUAAAGUAUCGAAAACUGACUCGGCCACCAUCGUCGUCAUGGGCGCGACCGGCGCGGGCAAGUCAACGUUUAUCAACCUCGUAAGCAACUCUAAAUUCGAGGUCGGCUAUGGCCUUGAGUCGUGUACCUCCGAAGUCGACGUCGCUGCACCAUUCAUGUUGGAUGGCAAGCCGGUCACUCUCAUCGACACUCCGGGGUUUGAUGAUACCGUUAAGACCGAAGCAGAGAUUCUACGACUCAUUGCUGAAUUUCUAUCCGUGACGUACAAGCAAGGACGCACACUCCAUGGCAUCGUCUUCCUGCAGCGCAUCACUGAUACCCGCAUGGGCGGUGUCGCACGCAAGAACUUCCGCCUUUUUCGCAAGCUCUGCGGCGACGACACCCUGAGGAACGUCAUCAUCGCCACGAACAUGUGGGGCAACGUCGAGCCUGCCCUCGGUGCCUCACGAGAGCGCGAGAUGGCGGAGAGCGACCUGUUCUUCAAGCCCGCGCUCGAGAAGGGUGCACAUAUGGUGCGGCAUGACAACACCAUCGAGUCUGCGCACCGCAUCAUCCGCGAGAUCAUCGGCUUCCCGCCCGCACCGCUGCAGAUCCAGCGCGAGACGGUCGACCAGCGCAAGCCGCUCGCAGAGACGGGCGCGGGACAAGACCUCAGGGCUGAUCUCGAGCAGCAAGCAGGGCAGCACCGGGCGGAGCUCGCGGGCCUGCGCAGCAGCAUACAAGAGCUCGUCGAGUCCAAGGACGCCAGGAAUCGUGGCGAGAUCCAGGAGCUGAACGACUCGUUACGGGACGUGCAGACCAAACUCGCGAAAGUGCAGGCUGAAGCACAUAACCUGCGCGAGGAGCACGAGGCAAGUCGGAACGAGCAUGAGGAGAAGAUACGGCAAAUGACGGAGGUAAUGACUGUGCGCGAGACCGAGCUGCGCGGCCUGCAGGAGCACGCGCAGACGCAGAAGACGCAGCUCGUGCAGAUGGAGAGCGCCCUGCAUGAGGCGGAACGCCGUGCGGAGGAGGCCACCACCGCUGCGGCUGCAGCUGCAAAGCAACGACCGCCACCGCGGCCACGGUCACGGUCACGAGGAGGGCUCUGUAUUUUGCAAUGAAGGCGCGUUAUUAACAAAGCGCAAAGCAGACAAGUUUUCAUCUCUGUAAAAUUACUGUGAUCCUGUGCAAAUCGAGAGCGUAAUGUAUAUCGUAUGCAGAUAAUUAAACUUAAA